AUGGUUGAUCCAGAAGGGUUCCAUAAGGGGCAAUGGAGUCCGUAUCGACACAACCCAUUGUCAACCCAUCCACUACAAUUAUUUGCUGCGAGGCAUGACGUGCCACCGCUGUGCUGUGUCCUCCCCACUGCGGAUAGCAUCGUCGGGUUCCGCGGUUGUAGGGGCGAGAAAGCACCGAAUCCGUUGCGAAGCGGAGAUCACAGUCGCGGGGGAGGGCGCAUGGACGAUGGCGGUGGAAAAUUCGAUCACGGUGUGUGUACCCGCAGUCGCUUGUCGCCACCGCCAUUCAAGGCGCUGACGGGCCGGUGGAGUCGCGAGACAGAGGCUCCAUCGCGCGGGAGGGGGCAAUGCUGA